AUGCCGCUCAUCAUCGUAACCGGUCUGCCCACCGCGGGCAAGUCCACGAGGGCAAAGCAGCUGUACGACCACCUGGCCGAGAGGAUACAGACCCAGCAGCAGGGCGCCAAGUACCGGCUACACCUUCUGUCCGACCAGACCCAGUCCAUCAGCCGCACAGUAUACGACCUCUCCCCCGAAAACCUGCCAGCACAUACCCGCUCCGCCAAUGCCUCGGAGAAAGAUGCUCGCGCCUCACUGUCGAGCGCCGUCAAGCGCGUGCUGUCCACCCGCGACAUCGUCAUCCUCGACGGCCUGAACUACAUAAAGGGCUGGCGCUACCAGCUCUACUGCGAGGCCAAGAACCUCAGCACGCCCAGCGUGCUCCUGCAGGUCGGGUGCCCCCCGGACAGGGCCAGGGCCGUCAACGAGGAGCGACUGCUCCGGCGGGAGGAGGCACUCACGGCGGGCAGGAGCGUGGCGGGCGACGACGAGGCGCCCGAGGGCGCGUACGAGCCGGCCAACUGGGAGAACCUCGUCUUCCGCUACGAAGAGCCCAACCCCAUGAGCCGAUGGGACAGCCCGCUCUUCACCCUGAUCUGGGAGGACGACGAGGCCCAGACGAGGAAGGUCUUCGGCGAGAUGUGGGAGGCCAUUGCCGGCGAGGGCAGGAAGGUCAUCAGACCCAACCAGUCGACGGUGCAGAGGAGCCGGGACGCGGGCGGCGACUACCUGUACGUGCUCGACAGGGAAACCCAGGAUAUCGUCAAGAAGAUCCUGGAGCAGCAGCCGGAUGAGGGCGGUGGCGAGAUCAGCAUAUCGAAGAGCGGAGACUCCGGGGGCGAGAUGCUGGUUGUGGAACUGCCGGGCAAGAAGGUUGGGCUGCCCCAGUUACAGAGGUACCGACGCGCGUAUGUGAAUAUGAACAGGGGUGGCAUUGGUCUCGAAGCUGUCGGGAACAUGGCCGCCAGCAGGAUGAGGGAGAGCUUUGUUGGGUACCUCAACGACGCUUUCGAGAAGGAAGAGUAG